AUGACAACUUACGAAGACGACCAUAACUUGAGAUACCAGUCUGCGGAAGACACAGUCCGCCAGCAUCAGACGUUUUCCAGCAUCAUCGAGAACUUCAUCUCAGAUACCACUGUUGACGCCGAGGGACACAGACACACGGGACGUGAACUUUUCAAUAGGGCACUUCGGACGAUCAACGCCGAAGAACGCACAGAGAUCCUUGCAGAGAUAAUAGCGUCGUUGGAAAGGGGACGAGACAAGUUUCGUCCAGACACAGGGGUGUCCCAAGAGUUUCUCGAUAAUCUUGAACGUGUCGACGUGUCCACGCUCCCGGAAAGCGCCGACUGCCCUAUUUGCACAAAUCGCUUUCAUGACAACGAGUAUCCUUUGAUUGUGAAGCUACCUUGUCAGCUCACCGGCUCAUCCAAACGAGACCAUGUGUUUGACAUGGAUUGCAUCACGCCGUGGCUCAAGAUGCACUCGUCGUGUCCCUUGUGCCGCUUUGACGUGAGGGACGCAGAGAGUGUAAGACGGCAGCGGUUGGAAAGAGACUUGGCCAGGGCGAAGGCUGAGAUCGCUAAUGAGGAAGACGAGGAGGAGGAAGAAGAUGGUUGGGAUAUGUACGGCUGA